AUGCCCUCUCUGCCGGCCUCGUGCCUCCUGGCCCAGGCAGUCAUCGCCUGUGGCAACGUCAAGAUGAAGCAUGUCCCUACCCUGACCGACCCUGGUCUGACCACACUCUACCUGGCAGGGCUCAGCCAGGUGCUGACACUGGAGGUGGAAGGGAACCAGCUGCGUGACAGGGACAUCUCCCCCCUGGCCUUCCAGCCCCUCUGCAGCCUGCUCUAUCUGAGACUGGACUGGAACCGGCUGCGGACCAUCCCACGCGGCCUGCUGGCCUCCCUGCAGGAGCUACACCUGAGCACAAACCUUAUCCAGGAGGUGACAGAGGGUGCACUGAGUCACAUCCACAGCCUCAGCGUGCUAGUGCUUAGCCACAACCGGCUUCAGGAGCACCAGCUCGCGCCCCGAGCCUGGAUCCAUCUCCCGAAGCUGGAGACCUGUCCUACAACCAGUUCCUGCACCUGCCCCACAAUAGGCUGCAGGCUGACGGUAUCCAGUGUGUCCUUCCUGGGCCUGCACGCCUCACUGGCAGAGCUGCUCCUGGAUCAUAACCAGCUGCAGACCAUUCCACACGGCCUCCUGGGCCUCAAGGGACUGCAGGUGCUGGGCCUGAGUCACAACAGGAUCAGACAAGUGCCCUUGAAUUCCAUCUGUGACAUGCACGUGGCCCAGAACUCCAACCUCAUCUCCAUACACCUGGAGAACAACCUCACUGACCAGCGCCGCAUCCCACCCACUGCCUUCUCCUGCAUCCGAGCCUAUCACAGCGUGGUCCUCCAGCCCCAGCGGGGGGAGGAGGAGGGCUCCUAGUCCUGCCUGCUGCCUUCCUCCAGCACACACUCUGAUUCUCGAGGGGGUGGAGGGGCAGGCCGAGCUGUGCUUAGCCAUUGCACCCCUGAGAGAAAGGUCUAGAAGACCCAACUGCUUCCAGUGCACCCACUCCACAUUGACUGGUGAGGCCCCUUCACUUAGCAAGUGGCCCAGGGGCGAAAGGUGGCACUGGUUUGUACUUGAACAUAAUAAAUGCAGCUUGGGCAGGCUCACCAGCCAGCCUCCCUCCCUCCAGGAGCUACACUGCAUAUCCUGGC